AAGGAGUGAUUGGCGGCAGGCUUUGUUGUGAGCGGUAUCUACACAAUCUUUCCUGGUGGACUCAUCAGCCAUGGCAUCCGUGUAUACUGCGAUAUGGAGACUGACGGUGGAGGAUGGAUCGUCAUUCAGCGACGUCAAGAUGGUACUGUGGACUUCUACCGCAACUGGGCUGACUACCAGGUGGGCUUCGGCGACUUGUCUGGUGAGUUCUGGAUCGGGAAUGACAUCUUGCGCAAUCUGACUGAGAAGGGAACUUGGCAGUUAAGGGUCGAGUUAGAGGACUGGGACAAUGAGAAAGUCUACGCAGAAUACGGACAAUUUCAAAUUUCUGGCGACAACUAUCAGCUCAAAGUUGCCUCAUACAAUGACAGUAGCCCGGCAGGAGACUCGCUGACAAGGAAGCACAAUGGCAAGCUGUUCUCCACCAAGGAUAAGGAAAAUGACAAUAACCCAACCGAGAGCUGUGCUAGAAUGAGCAUCGGAGCAUGGUGGUAUGACUGGUGUUACGUCUCCAAUCUGAAUGGCAAGUACUAUGGACAACGUACAGCAAACAUGGACAGCAUGAGAUGGCUCACUUGGAAAAAACCUCAGUCCGUCAAGAAAUGUAGCAUGAAAAUCCGACCUUAUUAUAUUAGUAAAAUAAUUGACGGUGGUCAGCGCCCCACAUAACCAUCCAUUGAAGUUUCGAUAGUUCCAAAAUGGGUAUCGAAACCGGCAAUCGUUUUCUAAUUGGAAGUGAUUUGCAUCCAUAGAGCUAUAUUAAAUUAUAGCUCUAUAUUUGCAUCGCACUCUUAGAUGGAAAUUUCGGGUGCGAUUCCAGGAAUUUUUGCAUGGUCGGUUGGUUUCAUCAGCAUAAAAAUCUGAAAUGUACGUAGAUGGGUUUGUUUCGAAAAUCAAUAGAUUGGGGGGUCUUACCAUACUUUUAAUGGGGGUGCUUUAAAAAAUCCUACGAUUAUUAACACUCUUUUACAGAAUGACGUUCUUGUAAAUACCCACUAACCAAACUUGCUCUGUCCGUAUUUUGUGCACAGGCGGACAUUAUUACCAUUUA